AUGGACGGAAACGGCCGCUGGGCCCAACAGCGGGACCUGCCGCGGCUGGAGGGCCACCGAGCGGGAGUUGAGCGCAUCCAGAUCCUGCUGGAGACGCUGACCUCCUACGGCGUGAAGUUCGCGACCAUCUACGCCUUCUCCACUGAAAACUGGGGCCGUCCGCAGAACGAAGUAGACGGCCUGAUGAGCAUAUUCUCCGAUGCCAUUGAUGUGCAGACUCGCCAACUGCACGAGCGCAAUGUCCGGAUAGUACACCUUGGCAAGACCAGCAACAUGGAUCCGGAGUUGCGUGGCGCAAUCGAACGGGCCCAACUGUUGACGCAAGACAACACCGGCAUCACCCUCAACGUGGCCUUCGACUACGGCGGCCGGGACGAAAUACUGCGGGCGGUCCGGCGGAUAGUCCGCGAUGGCUUGUCCCCGGAGCAGGUCGAUGAGACCACGUUCUGCCGAUACCUGUUCACCGCCCACUGCCCCGACCCGGACCUGAUCAUCCGCACGGGGGGAGAGCAGCGAAUCAGCAACUUCCUACUGUGGCAGUCGGCGUACAGCGAGUUCUACCACACCUGCACCCUAUGGCCAGACCUUGAGCCUGCUGAGCUGGAGCAAGCGCUAGAAACGUACCGCACCCGUCAGCGGCGCUACGGCAAGGUAGCCGAACCAGAGACCUGA